UAGGUGUUCUUACCUGGACGGCGGUAGGUGCCAUUUGCCUAUGAGAGUUUCAGCUGCACUGAAGUUCCACCUAAGAGUUUUGUUUUUAAAACUGUUAGUGAACGUUUUUUGCGCAACCUGACCAAACUUGAAAGCGUACAAAAGAUGGAAGAGGUCCGCGAGGGACUCAUCUGUCCAAUAUGCAUGCAAGAUCUCGGCACAAUCGAGGAGCUGACCUCUCAUUUUAAGCUUGCACACCCUGAGCCUGAGGCUAAUGAGGCGCUUGCAUCCCUCAAGGACAUUUUUUCAAAAGCUAAAAAGAAGCUUCUCAAUGAAGACAGUCCACCGAGAAGCGGAGUCGUUAAUGGCAGAGAUCGUAUGGAUCGUGAGGGGACCCCUGCAUUUCCGCAGAGCUUUUCUUAUUCCUACUUAGACAUGCCGGAGCAGAGUGAACCGGGUUACAUUGUGAAUCACUCGGACGCAUUCCGUAAAAGUCGAUCCAACCGAGUCCAAAGGUAUGAUGCUCAAAUCAACAAACUUGUUGUACGAUUGAGCAAGUUGCUCGCACCUGGAACACCUAUUGGAAACGACAAGAAGCGCCGUGAAUUCGAACAACUUACUGUGCAGUGGGUAGACGAGCAGCUUGUUCCUCGAUGUCCCAAUUGUGCCGAACUUUUCAACGCUUUUUUGGGUCGAAGAAAACACCAUUGUCGGUUAUGCGGUGCGAUCACGUGCCAGGACUGUUCACGCUUUGUAGAUAAUCCUCUGGCUCAAAAGCUUCUUCAGGGCCAAAUUGGAACGAGUAUACCUGUUCUUGAACUAAGAUGUUGUUCUGAUUGCUUUGAACUCCUCCUUCGAAAAAAGUUGAUGUUGUCUCAGGAGAACAUUAAAGAUCCUCUACAUGAAGCCUAUGUUAAAAUGAGGGAAUUAAUGGACCGAAGCGUAGUUCUGAAAGGCCAAUAUAUUGCCGCUAUGGAUGCCCUCAUGGCCGGUGAAAGCUCUCUCGCGAUUGCACAGGAACUCCGGGCAUCUGUUAUCAAAUUAGCCGAAAAGGCGGAGACCAUCGCAAAGAGAAUCGGCGAAUCUGCGAAGGAUCCAAAUUUGCCAGCAAGACAAGCGCAGCUUCGAAUACUUAUCAGAAAUAUAACCGUGCAGUACGUUAAAGAGCUCGUAUUUACGAUGCCUCAAUUACCUGAAGCAGAGGAACUUGACCGAGUCGCCCUGCAACGUCGUGAAGAGGCACGACGUCGCGUGGAACGACCAUCUGCCGUGUCGGUCGUACCAACCACAGUUGUAGCAGGUGGUUGGAGUCCUCAGGUGGCAUCAGGUCAGUCCGAUCCUUUCAAUGGAGGUAAAGAUGAACUGGAUCCUCUGCUGGAACAGAUCAGUAAUAUUAAACGAUACCUGGCCAAGGCACGGGAGGAUGGUCGAACGGACGAAGUUUAUCUUCUAGCUGAGAAUUUACGACAGCUGGAAGUUGCAGCUGGCCUGAGGAGCUGAGCGCGCUAAAUACUCAAAAUAUUCUUAGGCAGGGAGUCUUGAUAGUUUAUCGAAUUGUCAAUAACUAUCAUGAUGCAAUUAUUGAUUACGGAAGUUUACAAAAGCGUGCUAAAGUUCACGCUGUUAACCUCUAGUGUGUGCAAGAUACACAUAAAAGCAUUUCGACAACCUGACGUUUGCUAUUUUGAUUGCUAUUUAUGAUUACUACAUUUUACCUCAAAAAAUCAAUCAGAUAUGAAAAAUGUACGGCUGGUUUUAUUUUAUGAGACAACCCCUCGUGUCAUAUAAUGUGUAAUGUUUCAACAGAUACUAGAAACGCAUCUAAUAAUAUGAAACAUUAGAUAACCGUAUCUAUGAUUCAAACUUUUUAUUCCUUUACACAGCAAAAACCGUAGUGUUAGUAGCUUCCAUAAAGUGGUACAUAUCUUUAUGAAUCUAGUAUAAUACUGUAACACAGAAUGGCCACACCGUUCUUUCAGAAUUAAUUCUUCUGUGACUUUUGGUGGCGGCUAUUUUCAUCCUUAUCUUAUCUUGAACGGCAGUAGUGCAAUGAUUGUAAUAAGAACUACUAGGAAUUUUUCCAAAUGAUGCUUUGUUGUGUAAUUUUAUCAUUAGACGAAUCAGUCAACAUGCACCGUGCGAUCAUUCAAGAAAAUGUCAAUUAUAAAAAGAUUUAUUGAUAGUCAAAAAAGGAGGUUGCCUACAUGUUUAUACUUAUCGUAAUUUCAUCAGAAAUAUAUAAUCUAUUCGAUCCAACAACAAAUAGAAUUUUAUUAACGAUUUUUUAGCAGUGUUGAUGAAAAUGGGAACUAAAGUUUUUAUUCAUGUAAUAUUUUUUUGGGUAUACUCAUUCAACCACCUAGUUAUAAUCUUAAAAAGUUGAUUAUGUGAAGGUCGACAUACGCCGAAGGUUGAAGCAUACGCUUCGAAAGGUAUAAGAACACCCCGAGUUUAAGACAUAAAUAAGGCGUCGCAUAUUGUAUUGAGCAGUAUUUUGAAAGGCUAUUUUCAGCAGGUUAAUUCAAAUCUUAUCUGAACAUAAUUUUCAUAAUUUACUUGUUACGGUAAAACGAAUUAAGCAUUCCAGUGAUAGGGACACGUUCUACUUCUUGACCCUGAUGCGAUUUGUGUUGUAACAUACAACGGCAAUUAUAUAUACCGCUUUAAUUUUGCAAAAAGACAUGUCUGUAAAGUUGUAAGAGUGGUACACUCAUAUUAUGAGGAAAUUUAUGUGCUUUGUAAAGAGCAUUUUUUAAUAAAGAUAGUUCUAUCAACUAAUUAGUAAAUUUAGUUUAUUAUUUUUAGGGUAAUAUGCGGGUGCUCAUAGCCCGGGCCACGCUAUGGCUUAUAUUGAUAAUUCCAACUGUAGUUUAUCAAGUAGUAGGUAUUAAAGAAUAAUAAAGACGGUAAUCUAGUAAAUCUAUCUAUACUUACAAACUGAUACGUUUUAAUUUGAAAUGUUUCUUGUAAAGUAUUGUAAGACUGCAUCUAAACAAAAAUACAUUUAAUUAAACCUAUCACAGACUCGCUGUAAAGUUUUCUUUUACAAUUGGCUCGAUUGGAACGCCGUUUUGAUCACACGAGAGUGAGAGAGUCGAUGUUACCAUGUCGACCCUUCUUGGACUCUUGCUCAAUCGCGCUUCAUGUACACCAGUGCGAGUUGAAAUCUGAGUUGUCCGGUGACCACGUGCGCUUUUUUCUGCACUAUCUAGUACAACAAUUUGCAGGACAGGCGGAUUAACUACGCUGUCGAUUUUUUGCCUUUUCGGGAAGAUUACUCUGGCAUGACGUCUCUUUCACACGUUUGUCUCAGAACAUGAACCUGAAUAGGAGAUUCGACCUUGCGUACAAUAGCCAUGUCCUCUAAAUCAUGAAAAUAGUAGCGAUCGUUUGGAAAUAAUUUUUGCAUCGAUAAUGAACAUUUUUUCGUCAAAAAUAAUUAACAGACACCCGUUUAAAAGGCCUGAGGAGCAAACAAUAUCAAGUGACUCUUUAGGUUUUAAGAACUUCAAAAAGUAUUUGGUUGACUUUUAUGAUAUAUAGUGUAUACCUGGGGUCCUCGCAAAUGACCCCUGAGGUAGAAGUCGUAGCGACAUAAAAUUUCUUCGUUAACGACUUCAUCGAAAUAAAAGGUUGAUCAGAAAUACAUUUGUUGCCGGCCCUUGCAGAUGCAUAAUCACUCAAUAUUCCGUUUUUAUCGACUCCAGGUAACCGAAAAAGCUUAUUACGUUAGUGCAUUAUUUAGAGCGAAAGGAUUAUAUUAUAGUUAAUCGUUGCUAAAAUUAUGGAGGCAAACCAUCGUUUUCUGCCAUAAUAGCGGGUUCCUUGCAUGAUUUUUGAGACGAGUUUCUACCAAGAGAAACCGGUUUUUAUUGAACACGGUUGAUUCACUUAGGCAAAUGAUUCAUUUAGUGACUAAGCGAACGAAUUCAGCGAUACGGACCUUAAACAGAUAGUAAUAGAUAGGUAGCUAGUUCAAUAUUUACUAGCUAAGCCAAGACAGGAGAAAGGAAGAUCACAUAUUUUUCGUGUAAGCGUUGUAAUAUCUCUGUUAUGGAUACGUCAACCAGUAUUUCGAGGGUGAUCAUUGUGUGAUCACGAAGUUCUACUAUAAUUUGAUAACGGCUGAAAUUAUUUAGGUUAACUUCAAAUAGGCUCAUUGCUGUGUUAUAUAUGAUAGAUAUAUAUGAUAUAAAUAAAACACUCUGGUAUUGACCAACUGAUCGCGCCGUUCGCCAAAACCCUUUGAUGUAUUUAUUACUUUGAAAAGGUUUCAGUUCAGUAAUCGACUGGCAGUCGUUCAUUAUGAACUGUAUUUUAGAUAUAUCUACGUCAUUAAUAUGUUACGUUAAUAACGUGAG